AUGCUCUUCCACAAUACUGCAAAUAAUCCUGUAGAAGAUAAAGACUUGUUUCAGAAGACUUUCAAUCAUUGCGAGGAAGAUGUCGGUAAAAAGACAGCAAAGGUACAACUUGGAUUUAAUACGAGAUGUGAAAAUUAUAAUCAGUUGCAAAAGGUACGUUACAAAACGUGUAACCGACAGCACAAAGACAAAGAAGAAUCGGUGAAGCAUCGUCUUCUGUUUUGUAAUCUUCAUUCAUGCUACAGGGAGAUAAAUGCAGAUGUUGGAAGUUGCACUAUACCUAAGGUCGAUGUUGCUCUAGAUGAAGCUGCGCCCCACGCGCAUUUUCUGACUAAUUUUUGAAGAUUAGAAAUAAUAGAGAUGGCCCUUCUCCCCCCUCCUCAGUCAACAUCUUCAGCGCCGCACUUCUUCUUCUUCUCAACUCCUUCUUCCACAAGACCCACCUCAACUAGAACUUGAACGCCAGCACCACAAACAACAGCAACAGCUCCAACUUCAACAUCAGCGUCAACAACAGAAUACAACUGGCGAAAUGGUAGUGGAAGUAGAUAACACUAAGGAGCAUAAGCAAGAGGCCCCGCAUCCUUAUCAACAGUAUCAACAUCUUCAACACAACAGUUUUAACAUCAGGGAAAUCCGUAAAACUCAGAAGAGACUCAGGGAAGUCGUAGGACAACCCCGAGCCGACUAUUAACAUCAUUAUCAGAAAUAACUACUACAACGACGCCCUGAGGCAGUCUGCAC